AGCUAUGGGGAAGACUUCGACAAAAUGUCUCGUGUAAUUAAGACACUUACUGUUGAGAAGAAUUAGAAGUGAUAGACUGGGGCUCAGGUCGUAGAGGUUCUGCUGGCCGAGGACGUUGUGUGAGGAGAUGAGACUUCUCCGGGCUGUGUGCUCGGCUCUGCCCUGGGGGGUCAGAAGGUGCUCGGGGGGGACACAAAGUAAAGUUCGGGUCCGCUUUGCCCCAAGCCCUACAGGCUUUCUUCACCUGGGUGGACUGCGCACAGCACUCUACAAUUAUAUUUUUGCGAAGAAGCAUGGAGGAUCUUUCAUUCUACGACUCGAAGACACAGAUAGAAGCCGCCUGGUUCCCGGAGCAGCUGAUGGCAUCGAAGACAUGUUGGAGUGGGCAGGGAUCCCACCAGAUGAGAGUCCGAGGAGAGGGGGAAUGUUUGGCCCCUAUGAACAGUCUGAGCGACUUAAUCUCUACCAUGAGGCUGUACAAACUCUUUUGGAGAGUGAGGCGGCGUAUCGCUGUUUCUGCACCCCACAGAGACUGGAACUGCUGAAGAAAGAAGCUCUGAGGAACAGAGAGACUCCCCGGUACGACAAUCGUUGCAGACAUUUGACCACAGCACAAAUACAAGACAAACUGUCCAAAAAUGUGCCGUUUGUGGUGCGGUUCCAGCUGGUCGAGGGAGCUCAGUCUUUUAAGGACUUGAUUUUUGGCUGGACUCAUCAUGAUGUGGCGAGCAUAGAAGGGGAUCCGGUGAUCCUGAAAGGAGAUGGUUUUCCAACCUACCAUUUGGCCAAUGUGGUCGAUGAUCACAAAAUGUGUGUGAGCCACGUGCUUAGAGGAGAGGAAUGGCUGGUCUCCACUGCUAAGCAUCUACUCCUAUACAGUGCCUUCGGAUGGCAGCCUCCGUCAUAUGCUCACCUCCCGCUUCUCCUCAACAAAGAUGGCAGCAAAUUGUCCAAACGACAGGGGGACAUAUUUAUCCAGCACUACGCAAAGAGUGGAUACCUGCCGGACACCCUGCUCGACAUUAUAUCAAACUGUGGAUCAGGAUUUCUUGGAAAUCAGAUGGGCCGUACUCUGCCUGAACUCAUAGAGCAAUUUGAACUGGAAAGAGUGAGCUCUCACUCCGCAUUCAUAGACCUUAGCAGUCUCCCCGAGUACAACAGGAUUCAUCUAUCCAAGAGGAUUGACAGCAUAGAAAGUCGGGCAGAGCUGAUCACACAACUCCAGACUCUGCUGCAAGAGAAAUACAAAGACUUGACGUUAAAUAAAGACUAUAUUGAGAGGAUACUGAUAUUAAGAAAGGGACACCUGUGCAUGCUCACAGACCUCUUGUCUCCAAAUUACUCCUAUUUGUGGAUUCGGCCCUCUGUACACCUCAAAGAUCUUCACAGUUUGUCAAAUGAGGCUACUGAGAUCGGGAGGCUGGUUGUGGGCAUUUUAGAAAAAAAACACAAUGACAUGAAUAUGGAAACCUUAAGCAAAGAUCUCAAAAUCCAUCUGCAACAGUUGAAAGCAACAAAGUACAGUGUUUCUAUGAAACUUCUACGCAGGAUUUUAAGUGGUUUGGAGGCUGGUCCCAGUAUAGUAGAGAUGAUGAUGGCUUUGGGUCCUCGGGAAUCUAUAGCACGGAUACAAAAUGCUCUGUCUAGCUGAAGAGAGGAUAUUUAAAUUGGCUGGAUCCAGAGUGUCAAUAUGACAUGUCCGCUGUGUUUCUGUAUACAUGGAGAUAACAAAGCCACAAUACUGCGUUCUUACAAUUGCACUAACACAGCAACAGUUGCCUGUGGAGAAAAAUCUGCUCAAUGGAACAUAUGUGGACCGCUUUGUACAUACUUUUUUUUUUUUGUAAAUAAAAUAUCAAAAAUCCAAA